GAGAUCUUACCACACAACUGAUGGUAAACAAAAUUCGUGAUGUCAGGCACUCUAUUAUAUAUUUUUAUUUAUAUGCUAGCAACAAGCUGAGCAUUGGGUCAAAGCACAAGCUUCAAAAAGUAUUAAGAGAUAUCAACAAUACUUUUUUUCCAGGAAGCUUUUCAUUUCGAAAGAUAAUAUUAAAUUAUAAGGUGAUGCCUAUGAGAUGUUUUUUACCCGGUUGCAGAACUGGCUACGAUUCCGAAGUAGCUAGAAGAAAAAAGGAAGGAAAGAAAAAUCUAUCACUUUUUAAGGCUCCCAAGGACCCUUACAUGUUUGAAUUGUGGAAAAAAGCUAUACCCCGUGCUGAUAAAACGUUAGGGCCUAAGCAUACUGUGUGCGAACUUCACUUCAGAGAGGAAGAUAUUGAAAGUUAUUUUGAAACAAAAUUAUUCAAUGGAAAUAUUCAUCGUAUUUUCAGAGCUUCGAAAAAACUUAAACCAGAUGCUAUUCCAUGCAUUUUUUCUAAUGUUCCUGGACACUCUUCAUUUGUUGAAAAUAGAGAAGAAAAGUUCAAGGAAAAAUAUGUCAAACGAAAAAGAAAAUUACACUCUAAUAAGAAAACAGAAUCUAAAAGAGCAAAGAUUUCAUUCCCAGAUAAUGAAACAAGUAAGAAUAACAACUCUUCACUAAAAACAGAAAAAGAAAAUGUCUUGAUGGAAGUUAUAGUUGUUCACACCUUACCAGAAAAGUCCUCAAUCACGCAACCAUCUCGUUUAAAGAAAAGACGGAAUGCAAAAAAAUCAACAAAUUCUUCUUUUUCUGAUUCACAUAAACAUAUCAUGUCUGAUCCAGAAUCCUCAACUACUUGUUCACCGCCUGCACCUGAUACAAUUACAAAUUACUCCCCUAGGAUAAACACAUAUAAUAGAAUCUUGUCAGAAUCUUUUGCACAUGAUAAACUAGCAAAGAAUUUUAUCGAACAAAACAGCUCUAUAGAAUCACCUCUGCCUGAUACACUAACUGAAAAUUAUUCUAAUCAAAAUACUUCAAAUAGAACCAUAGCUAAUUCUUCUUUACAUGAUGCACUCAAAGACAAAUAUUCAGACCAAAAUGCUUGUGAUAUAGCAAUGACUGAAUAUCCUACAAAUGAUGCAAUCUCUGAUGAUUAUUCUGACCAAAGCAAUGAUGAUAAAACUAUGAAUGACUUUUUUUCAUUUCAACCCGCAGAAAGUAACUCCGACCCUAUCAUUUCUAAUUCCAUUAGGACUGAAUCUAAUGAUAUUUCAUCAGAUUCUGACACUGAAGAGCAGGUUUCAUUUGAUUUCAUAAAAGCUAAUGUAAAUAUGUUUGAUACAAGAAAUUCCUGGUGGAGGGUGAAUAUAUUUGAUGACUUUAUUGCAUUUAGUCGUUGGACUCCUGAUUAUACUGUUCAAAGAAGAAUAGUGAUUACUGAAGAUCUUGCUGUAAAGGUUUUUCUGAUGGAUAGAGAAACUACAAUUGGAUGGGAUAUGAAAAAGUUCUCCAUCUUUGACAUUGCAAAGCUCAUUUACAGAGUUGAGAAUUUGAAAUUAUGUAGUGGCAUUGAUAAAAAGGAUCGAAAUUGUGCAGGAUAUUUACAACGUGCAUUUAUGUGCAGAAAACAUAGUUUGUGCCUUAAUUGUAUAAAGUGGAGAAAAGAAACGAAGAAAAAAGCAGUUAAACGGUUAAAAAAAUCUCCAAGCUGUAUAGAGCUUCUUAAUUUCAAUUUAAUUACUUAGUUUUCAAAAGUCUAUAAGUUAUAUAAGUCUUGAAACAUUUGUAUGUUAUAAAAAAUACUGCAAGAGUAUUAUGUAUAUGAAUGUAACAUGAUUAUGAAUUUGUGAGUAUGAAUAUAUGUAUAUGAAUAUUUUGUAUCGCAUUUGUCAAUAAAAUUUUGACUAUUUUGUUGUA